CUCCUGUCACUCAGGCCUCACUAGCAAAUCAGCACCUAUAGAGCCACCCUCCAGUCAAUGUGGGGAGGGCAUUUCCGGCCCGCCAUGCUGCAGGCUUGGGAGGUUCUUGUGAUUCCGUGUGCUGGGCUGUCACCCACCACCGAGAGCUGUGAAGAGACAAGCUCGGAAUCUACGCCAUGAAAGUAUCAUUUUUUUCCCCACAAAGAUGGCAUACAUUCAUGGCAUUAAUACUGAUCUUCUGAAUGAUUGCAUUGCAGGAUGCAGUGACCUAUGGGGACGUGCAAGUGAACUUCAAUGAGGAAGAGUGGGCUUUGCUGGAUCCUUCCCAGAAGAGUCUUUACAAAGAUGUGAUGUUGGAAACCUAUGAGAACCUCACUGCUAUAGGCUUCAAAUGGGAAGACCAGAAUAUUGAAGAUCAUUGUCAAAGUUCUAGAAGACAUGAAAGGUACAUGAUUUGUCACCCUGGAUACAAGCCAUGUGAGCAUAAUGGAUAUGGAAAGAACCCCUGUACCUCUGUCUCUCCUGGAAAAAACUAUGUAGUAGUUCCCACAAUGGGAAGACAUGGUGAUGAUAAUACAAGUGUAGAAUUAUUUGGAUUUCACACUUCAGUGGGAAUACAUCAACAACACACUUACACCAGAGAAAAGCCUUAUGAGUUUAAGAAAUAUGAAAAUUCUUUUGUCUGUCCUGGUUCACAUUGCACAUAUAAUGUGACUCAUGUUAUAGGAAAAUGUUAUGAAUGCUACCAGUGUGGUAAGGCUCUGAGUUCUUCCAGUUCUCUUCAAAGAGGUGAAAAAACUCAUAUGGGAAAAGGAUUCUAUAAAUGUGAGCAAUGUCCCAAAGGCUUUAACCAUCGUAAGUAUCUUCAAACACACAAAAGAACCCACAAUGAAGAGGAACCCUAUGAAUGUAAACAAGAUGAUAAAACAUUUAGAGCCGAUUCUUUGCAAUUAUACCAAAGAACUCCUUUAAAAACAAAACCUUAUGAAUAUAAUCUAGGUAGUAAAGAUUUAGCAUGUCACAGUUAUCUUCAAGUAUCUAGAACUCAUACUAGAAAGAAACAGUAUAAAUGUCAGCAAUGUGGAAAAGCCUUUGCAUGUCCCAGUUAUAUUCAAAUACAUGAAAGAAUUCACACUGGAGAUAAACCCUAUGAAUGUAAACAAUGUGGAAAAACCUUUGCAUGUCCCAGUUAUCUUCAAAUACAUGAAAGAAGACAUACUGGAGAGAAACCCUAUGAAUGUAAUCAAUGUGGUAAAAGCUUUGCAAGUACUGGUGAUCUUCAAAGGCAUGGAAGAAGUCAUACUGGGGAGAAACCCUAUGUAUGUAAUCAAUGUGGUAAAGCCUUUUCAGAUCCCAGUAAUUUUAAACAACAUGAAAGAAUUCAUACUGGAGAGAAACCCUAUGAAUGUAAUCAAUGUGGUAAAGCUUUUGCAAGUAAUGGUGAUCUUCAAAGGCAUGAAAGAAGUCAUACUGGAGAGAAACCCUAUAUAUGUAGUCAGUGUGGUAAAGCUUUUGCACGUAACAGUCAUCUUCAAAGGCAUGAAAGAAGUCAUACAGGAGAGAAACCCUAUGGAUGUAGUCAAUGUGGUAAGGCCUUUUCAUAUCGCAUUAAUCUUCAAAGACAUGAGCGAAGUCAUACUGGAGAAAAACCCUAUGUAUGUAACCAUUGUGGCAAAUCCUUUUCAUCUGGUAGUGCUCUUCAAAUGCAUAAAAGAACACAUACUGGAGAGAAACCCUAUAUAUGUAAUCAGUGUGGUAAAGCCUUUUCAUGUUGCAGUUAUCUUCAAAUGCAUGAAAGAAAUCAUACUGGAGAGAAACCCUAUGAAUGUAAUCAAUGCGGUAUAGCUUUUUCAUCUCGUAGUAAUCUUCAAAGGCAUGAAAGAAGUCAUACUGGAGAGAAACCCUAUGAGUGUAGUCAAUGUGGUAAAGCAUUUGCACAUAAAUAUCAUCUUCACAGUCAUGAACGAGGUCAUACUGGAGAGAAACCUUACGAAUGUAAUCAGUGUGGUAAAGCUUUUGCACGUAACAGUCAUCUACAAAAUCAUGAAAGAAUACAUAUUAGAGACAAAUCCAGUCAAUGUAAUAAGUGAGGUAAAGCUUUGCACACCAGGCAAAGACUCCAUCAUUUUGGAGAUGCCAGUACCAUGAGAUGCCCACCAAGACAAUCAGCAGUGUUGAACUGGAACCAUUCAGAGCCUAGAAGAGAACUUGUGUGUACUGCAGAUGGCAUAGCCAGAGAAGUGACCCAAGCCGUUUAUAGUAGUGCCAAAGACUGUGAGUGAAUCCCAGUCACUGGGUGUUGAGUUAGUUUUACUGUUGGAGUGAGGUUUUGCUUUUUUUUCAGAUUGUGACUGCCCUGCUUCUCUCUUGUAGGAGAAGGUAUUUAAUUUUGAUUUUUUUUUUUUACAACAGCCAUAAUUGAAAGACUUUUUAAUGUGUUUGAAUUUGUAAAAAUUGUGGAGUGUUUAUUAAAGUUAUGUUUUUAAUGUGAGUUCUAAUAAACAAAUAAGAAAGGAGUGGUUGUGACUUAAUAGUUUGUAUGCCAAGUUGAUAAGUAGUCAGUUGUACUGGCUAAUCUUAUGUCAACUUCACACACAAACUGGAGCUAUCUGAAAGAAGGAAAACUCAAUUGAGAAAAUGCCUCCAUAAGAUCCAGCUGCAAGGCAUUUUUUUAGUGAUUGAUUGGAAAGGGUCCUGGGUUCUAUAAGAAAGCAGGCUGAGCAAGCCAGUAAUUAGCACCCCUUCAUGGCAUCUGCAUUAGUUCCUGCCUCACAGUUCCUGCCCCAUUUAGGUUUCUGUCCUGACUUCCUUUAAUGAUGAACAGAAAUAAAGGCUUUCCUCCCCAGCUUGCUUUUUGGUCAUGAUGUUUCACUGCUGAAAUGCUAAGACAUUCUGUCUCAAAACAUCCAAGAAAAGGGGAAUGUGGACAGAUGGCUCAGAAAUUAAAAACACUGGCUAUUCUUUCAGUAGACACUGUUUCAAUUCCCAGAACCAACAUGGAAGUUCACAACUGUCUGUAAGUCCUGUUCCAUGGUAUCCAACACCCUCACACAGACAUAUAUACAAACAAAGCAUAUAUGCAUGUAAAAUAAAAAUGAAUUAAUUAUAAAAAAGAAUAUAUCACAUUAUGGAACUUUUCCUAACAAUCUGGACUCAUCUCUACUCAACUAAAUCUUUUGUUGUCUUUAUAUACAUCAAGAGAGCUGUGCUAAAAAUUGCAAUAAGAAGCAAUGUUCAGAGUCCAUUCAAAGAGGAAUAGAAAUCCAUUCAAUCCUUCAAUGACCAAAUAUCAUGGAAUUUCAUCACCUCCAAGUGAUAGAGGACAGAAAGAGUAAUGGCACAUCUUCAUCUUCUACAGUUUAAUGACAUAUUUGGGAGUUGGGGAUUUGACUCAAUUGCACCGCUGCUGUUGGGUACCCAAGUUUGGUUCCUAGCAUCCACAUCAGACAGCUCAAAACUACUUACAAAGCCUUGUCCUGGAUGUCUGUUACACUCUUCUGGCUUCCCUGGGAACCAGGUAUGCAAAUGAUGUGGAUGUGUGUGUGUGUGUGACUCCAUAUUUUUAAAAUAGCUUUCUUUGUAUAUUUUUUUUCCUAAAAUCAAAAAAAUUUAAUUUAGGUGUAUGUAUUGUCAGAACAUGGUCCUGGAAAGGAGUCAUUUGAGGGGAAUUCUGAAUGUUUUUUCUUAACACUGCAGUAAAGUAAAACAAUAAUCUUGUAACCUCAGAUUCUUCAAACCAUGGGAUUGUUCUUGGAAUAUGGGUUUAUGUUCCUCCCAGGUGUAGCAGAUAAGUGAGUUGACUUCAGAUUACUUUGUAUUGAUGCUGCUGUUAUUCAAUUAAAUGUGUGAACUAUUCUUUAGAUGCCUGUAUGGGAAAACAUGUUUUUGUUCCAUACAAUGUAUACAGCUUGAACUCAUGAGAACUCCACUCAUGUGUCCUUUCUUAACCCACAAAGUAUAAAUUGUCUGAGGCACUGAAUAAAGUUAUCUAUUGUAUGAUA